AUGCGCGAUGGGGUGAAAUUGAACGUGGAAAUUUGCACGACACCUUCAACUGGGCUUACAAACAAGCUUGAUGCAAUGGUUCUAUCUCUAUCUCACCCUGCGCUCAAGACCAUUGCUCCCUGGGAGGGUUUCACCGAUAUCUACCACCAGUUCGCCAUCCGUGGAGGUAUGCCCACGCAUAUGCCUUUUGUCAGGGCGCUUACAAUGUCUUUCGCUGGGUCCAACUCUAUCGAGAACAUUGCUGAUAUGGUCACCUCAACUCCCCUUUUGAACGAACACUGGGCGGACAGGCAUGACCAGCUUGAGAACAUUCAAGUCCCCAUGUACAUUCUGGGAUCAUACACCAGCAUGUUUCACUCUUUUGGAUCAUUCGAUAUGUUUGAACGCUCAGGCGCGAACAAGAAAUGGUUGCGUGUCCACCCACACUAUGAGUGGUACGAUUUGUAUCGCCCUGAUGCGCAGAAUGAUCUUGCCCGGUUUUUCGAUCGUUACUGUAAGGAUAUCCAAAAUGGAUGGAAGAAGAGCACUUCGCCCUUGCGCCUGUCUCUCCUGGGCUUUGAAUCAAUUCCCGACGUGAUCGAGCGACCCGAGCGAGAGUUCCCGUUGGCAUCGCAACAACUGCAAAGGUUUUAUCUCCAUGGUGGGGAUAAGACGCUGAAGUCUGGAAUGGCAUCUCAGAUUUCAACGGUAACCCAUCGGGCUUGCGCUGCUCCAUCUAAGCUGACUUGUUCUCAGGACUUCACCCUCCGUUUCGAUUCUCACACGGAGAUUUCCGGCUAUGCACGAGUAUGUCUUUGGAUGUCCACCGCGGAUAGAGAUGAUAUGGAUGUUGUUGUUCAAAUCAGAAAGAUCGACAAGAAUGGCGAGAUGCUGAGCCACGUCAACUUCCCUGUUCCUGUUCCCAAAGACCAAAUCCCUGAUUUCAAUAUUGCGAAGUAUCUUGGGCCCCAGGAAUGCUUCGGGCUUCGCAUGCAGUUUCUCGGGAUGAAUCCAAAACAAGCAGAGAUGGCCAAGUUCUCUUCUACAAGCAUGACAUUCAGAAGAAAAUAG